AUGCCAUUCCUCCCUAAGGACGCUGAGCGAUCCGAUGGGCUGUCUCUCCUCUACUGGACGAUCAUGGGCCCGCACGGCAUCAACCGAGCCGUUCAGAGGCUGGAGUUCUGCGACUGCAAGAAGGGACUCGGUGUGAAGAUAAUCGGAGGUUACCGAGAGAUGACAGGAGAAGAGUUCGGCAUCUACAUCAAGAGGGUGAUAGCCGGCGGGUUGGCAGCUCAGGACGGCCGACUUAAGUCAGGUGACCUGAUUUUGGAUGUCAAUAACAUCAGUCUGAUGGGGGUGACCAAUGAGAGGGCGGUGGAGAUCCUGAGGACAGCCUCGCUCUCCAAUCACAUGUCUCUGUUGGUCACCAGAGACGAUUCAUCCAGGAGGGAGUUUACUGAGCUGAUGGAGAAGUACGGCUCCAAUCACAUCACAGCUUCCGGAAGAAUCUCUCCUACUCAGCUCUCCACAGGGAAGCUGACAGACACGGCCUCCUCCUCCUCCUCCUCCCGAUCGGAGAGCCCCCAGCUUCUCAGUCCUAAAGAGGGGGUCACCUCCUACUCCCACGCCUCCUCUCACACUGCCAGCCCCUACACCAUGCACACGCCCACGCACGCCUUCAGUGACAGUGGCAUUCAGUUGAUAUGUGUUGCCAAGGGAACAGGCCUGGGGCUCGUCAUCAAGGGCGGAGCCAACCGCGCAGAAGGACCAAUGGUGUUCAUUCAGGAAAUAGUGCCUGGAGGAGACUCCCAGAAGGACGGCAGGCUGCAAGUCGGAGAUCAGCUGGUGUCCAUCAACAAGGAGUCCCUGAUCGGAGUGACGUUUGAGGAGGCCAGGAGCAUCCUUACUCGCACCAAACUCAGACCGGACCCAACGGUGGAAAUUGCCUUCAUCAGGCAGCGGUCGUCCUCCAGCUCCAGCAGCGGGCCUCACAGCCCUGUCUCCCUUCAGGGGUCCGGGGGUGGAGUUGGACCCCAGACGAGGACCGCCGGGCCGGGCACCGUGCCUCUGCAGCCGACCGUGGUCACCAAGCUCACCUCCAGCAGAAACCCGGCCUGUGAGACUCUGCCAGCGGUCAACGUCAGCCAGGUGCGAGUGUCUCCAGCCAGAACGGAGCCGACACGUGUUUCCUCCCCACCAGUGAGCGACAGCAUCGCUGAUACAAACCCCGAAGCUGCCAGCAGUCAGCAGCCUCCUCUUAGGAAAUGUUCCUUCAGCACCAGCUGUCGACUCAAACUGGAGAGACUGGAGCAGGCUCUGGAUCUGCUCGGUCUGAAGCCCUCGGAGGCUCAGCAGCAGGCGCUCCGGUCCAGACUACAAGCCGAUCCAGCCGGGACGGUGGCCUUCACAGACUUUGAGAGCCAGAUCAGGGAGCUGUUCAAGCCUCAGCUGGAGGAGCUGGGCGUCAUCCAGCCGAGGUUCACAUCCGACGACCUGUCCAGUUUGUUGGAGUCGCCCACCGACCCGCGGCCGUCGGCGUCGGACUCUGACGACCUGGAGGAGAUGGAGAGGCUGAGGAAGGAGCACAUCGAGGCUCUGAGGGAGAUCAAGAGCCUUCAGGAGCAGCUGGUGGAGUCUCAGAGAGUUCACCAUCAGAUGGAGGAGGAGCUCAGCCAGGUCAAACAGGACGUGAAGCUCGGCUCCGAGGAGAGUCGUGCUCUGAGGAUUCGGAUCCAGCUGGCCGAGGCGGCUCAGAAGCAGGCGAGGGGGAUGGAGAUGGACUACGAGGAGGUGAUCCACCUGCUGGAGACCGAGAUCGCCGAGCUGAAGACGCAGAGGGCGGAGCAACCGGUGUCGACCAAUAAGGGCGACACGGACGAGCUGAAGAAGAGAGUCGCCGUCCUGGAGUGUCAACUACGGAAGAGUGAAGCGACCAAAAAGGGUUUUGAGAUGUCAACGGGGAAACUGCUGAGCUUUGUGGAGAACGUUGAAGAGUUCCUGCUUGAGAGUCAUGGACCAACAAAGAGCUACAGCUCCGGAGACGUUAAAGUCGGAGCGUCGUCACAGGGCCUCCCUCCUCGCUACAAGAAGAGUCCCUGGACAUCGGCCACGCUCGCCCAGGAGGCGAAGGAACUCACAAGGACUGUCAGAGCCAUCCUGGAGGUCGACUUGCUGACCUUCUAGAGGAGUCCGACCCUGAGGCGUCUGCAGGACUUCAGCAGCCAGCCGGCAACCCAAACUCUCUCUUCCCUGACAACUCCUCAUCUCCUCAGUACCUGCUAGCAAUGGACUCUUGUUUUAAUGAAACACAGUCAUCACUGCACAUUGUCUCAAUAAUCAAUACCCACUAAACAACGUUUUUAAUUACGGUGUUCUAACCUGAAUGAUAUGCAAAAGAAAUGCAUAAGGCGCAAUCAUUGUACAAGUACAAAUUCAUAAUUUGCUUUUUGUGUCGCUCGCCACUCAAACUGCAUUUUUUUCUGAACACAUUGUUUGAAAGAAUCAGUUCAUCGUUAGAUGUCUACAGGUUACCACACUGGAAGGAGACCAUUCUUAAGUUGAUGGACUACAUGAUUGUUUAAAGCUUUUUGCCUGUUGGUAAACUUAUUUAUUAUGUGAGAGUAAUGGAAUCAAACUGUCUACAGAGAGCCACAGAGUGAAAAAUAGAGGAUGCAAGUGUGGGCUAUUGUGGUUUGUGGACAGUCUUGAGAAGUCGAUGGUAUGAAUCCAUCUGUUGAAUAAGCUCUGUGAACUUAUUGUUCUCAUAUGCAACAGAGCUAACGAGUUAACUAGCAUGUAAUCGCUAUGUCACCAAGCCAAUAGAACCAGACAUUUUGCAAUUGCAUUUAGUGGUUUGACCUGGGGUCUCAUUUAUAAAAACCUUUAGGAUCCACACUAAAUGUUUACGACGUACAAAUGAGGAAAUGUACGUACGGUAAAGUAAGCGAAAGAUAAUACUCCAAAGACGUUGGUUUAGUCCUUUAGAUUUAUUCAACAUCUGUCUGUUUAGCAUCAACAAAUACCUUCAUUUAACACGCAAUAAAACACGUUAACAUCACAACAUCAUGUGGUUACCAUUUACUCUAGCUAACGUAACAGAUCAAACUGUAGCUUUCUGCUUCUCACUUCUCUCUGUUAUCCAUCCAGUGUUUAGCUUUGUGUUUGAGUGGCUGAAUGCUCGUGUUUGUGCAUUAGAUUAGCCGACAAAUCAAAGACUGGUAGCAUCAUCAAGCAAUGAGAGAGGAGAAAUCCUGAAAACCUCACUGAAACUCCAAACACGAGGUCAGCAACGAUGACAGGCAGACAAUAAAGGAACCACAACAUUCAUAUUGGAAUGCAGCCAUCGUGGUCUGAUGCCAGCGAUUAUUAAAGGACAGCUUAA